UGGCCUUCCAUAUUAUCAGCGCGAUAGCCUUGAUACUGCAAAAGUAGAAAAACUACCAUGACUAACCCAUCGAACACCCCACCAUCUGGCAUUGGGAGAUCUGCCAAGAACGCAUUAGUGCCGUCAUCGACUACCCAGGGUCGAUCUAUCAGCCAUAUGGAAUCGCAGCUGUAUCAUCUGAGCAAACCAAUCUGAGCCCCGAUGGCGAUGACAAGUCGAUCUCGUCUCAGCGCAUUAGAAUGCGAGACAGAAUUCGCCAUUUUUUCCAGCCAGAUAAAUCGGAAGUAAAAAACGUCAAGACUCAAGCUGCUAGACCCGAGAGAAAGAUCCACCAUGCCCGAGCUUCCAGCAUCGGGGCUCGAGAUGACAUUGACUAUAUGGGCUCCAGCAUCAAAGUCAGCAGCCCUGAAAUUGGGACAGACCUCACGAACGUAAUGACAGCGGCUCGCUUGCAUGUUUUCUCCGAGAAUAUAAGCCUAACACCCACCAGCGUUGCGGUACCAAAGCUUGGUGCACGCAUCGACACUACAUCCCAACUUGCCUUUUGCAUCAGCCUUCUCUCCAGGAACCUGGCUUUGUCCCCGCACAGCGAAGGUUUCGAGGGAGCUUCCGAUCAAACAAAGGAAGCCUGGCAGUAUAUGUCUACCGAUAGUGCACAUCGCGUGUGGGUCGAUGCCAUUGAGCAGAAUCCAGUCGAACAGGACCAUAUCCGCUGGCUCGCUACCCGAAGGAUAGGGGAAUUCGCCAAGGCCACCCUUUAGGCUUCAGGCAAAGAUACUUUACCGCUCAUGGAGGAGGUCAAGGAGUUCCUGGACAGUGACCGACAGGUUUUCUUGGUGCUGGGCGAUUCAGGAUCAGGAAAAUCGACAUUCAAAAGACAUCUUAAGCCCAAGCUAUCGAAGAAGUACAAGCAGGGGCGAGGGACUCGGAGGAGGCGCAGAGGCAUUGGC